AUGGCCCUCCAACGCGCCAUCUCUGCUCAUCUCCAGGGUGGGGCUGGAGAGCGCUUGAGCCCGCCCACUGACGCCCCCCGGCUUUGUGUUUCCCUAGGAACGUUCCGAGGAGUGUGCAAAAAAAUCGACCAUUUCCCGGAGGAUGCGGAUUACGAACAAGACACGGCCGAGUACCUCCUACGUGCCGUGAGGGCGUCCAGCAUCUUCCCCAUCCUGAGCGUGGCCUUGCUGUUCUUCGGGGGCCUGUGCGUGGCCGCCAGCGAGUUCUACAAGAGCAAACACAACGUGAUCCUCAGCGCCGGGAUCUUCUUUGUCUCGGCAGGUCUCAGUAACAUAAUUGGGAUUAUAGUCUACAUCUCGGCAAACGCUGGGGACCCGGGGCAGAGUGACUCCAAGAAGAGCUACUCCUAUGGCUGGUCCUUCUACUUCGGCGCCUUGUCCUUCAUCAUCGCCGAGAUGGUGGGCGUGAUCGCCGUGCACAUAUACAUUGAGAAGCACCGCCAGAUCCGUGCCAAGUCCCACUCCGACCUGCUGAAGAAGUCGGCCUUCUCUCGCCUCCCCACCUACCGGUACCGGUUCCGCAGGCGAUCCAGCUCCCGCUCCACAGAGCCCCGGUCCCGGGACCUGUCCCCGGUCAGCAAAGGGUUCGGCACCAUCCCCUCCACCGACAUCUCCAUGUUCACCCUCUCCAGGGAUCCGUCCAAGGUGACCAUGGGGACGCUGCUCAACUCGGAGCGGGAGCACACUUUUUUACAGAUCCAUAACUCCAUCCCCAAAGAGUUCAAGGAGUCGUUGCACAACAACCCAGCCAACAGACGAACCACGCCGGUCUGAGCCGGCUCUCCGCAGGACGCCCUCGGGCGCUGAGCCAGCCAGGGGAGUAGGGAGGGGCGUUUUGUCUGGCUGCAUGACAUGGUCCUUGUGAUGGUGUUACCAGUGAAGCUCCGUUUUUAAAGAACAAACCCAAGUGGCUCCUUGCCUCACCCCACCCCUUAAAUGCCACUUGCCAGGCCAUUGUGUUCAUGGUUGAACUGUGUUUGAAUCCCAGAAUCCCGUUUCUGUGGCAGGACAGGGACCUCGGGUUGUUGUGUCUCCCGGGGUCGAAGGCCCUUGCGGACUGGCAGGGUGGUUUCCAGCUGCCUCUGGGACAGUGACAUCUCAGCCACCUGUGUUCAUGUUGAUCAUAACAGCCACCGUGUUACCUUCGCUCUCUGUCCCAACGAUAACGCUGGAGACAGCCUCAUGCGUGAGAACCAUUCAUCCGGUAGUUACAUUUCUGCGAAAUUGCCUAGAAGUUCCGGGUACGAAGCACUGAACUGGCUAACAUCGCGAGCCCGCGCGCCGUUUUAAACAUUUGGCCUUCUCGUAAGGCAGGGCUUCUUUCUGGCAUUUCGUGCAUGCAUUCAAUCGCUUGGAGUCCAGUUUCGUCAUGGUGGGUUGGAAGGCACGGCCUUGGGAGAACGGUCGGGGGCUUAGGAUGAGCUGUUCAGUGGGGAGACGUGGGGGCAGAGCGCAGUCCAUCCCCAUCGGGUAAAUGGACUCAGAUGCAGAUUCCCUCCAGAACGGCGGCAACCAGACAACGUUUGAUGACCCGCUAGUGUUACACAGCGAGAAAUAGCUCCCUAAAAUGAACACACGCACGCACAAGUGAACGUGUGGGCACAAGGGAGGGAGGGGUGGCCUCAGCUGAGUUUAGCAGAAACUGGGUUUGAACCGGAGCCUCUGGGGGGGGUGUGGGUCACUGGUGUAUGAGUCUGUAAUGAAGAAUGUCUCAACCUGACUGGGAGAUUAAAGAGAAAAACAACAAUAAA